AGAAGAAUUUACAUUGGGAAGACAAAAAGGUUCAAAGAUUUAACCCAGUCUGCCGCCCCUCCCUCUCUCUCUCUCUCUCUCUCUCUCAGAGACACAGAAAAGAAAGUAAAGCUUUGUUCUUUGACCUUAUCAAGAUCUUGGAUUAUUUGUUCUGAAAGCCAGUCAGUCUAUGAUUUGAUCAAAUGGGUAAAUGGGGACAUCGUCCCAAUCGCAGGUUCUUCCGUCAAGAAAAGCUUCCAAGCCCAUUCCCUCUUCCUUUUCACCCUCAACCUCCUCCCCCUUCAGAGUUUUGGCGGGAUGGUGUACCUCAAUGGGAAAAAGAAUACUGCACUUUGAUCGGGUCCAUACCAUGGUGGAAGGUGGUAGAUGCCAAGAAUUAUAUGUAUGGCAGUAGUAAUGUACUCAAUUGGGACGAUUCAGCUGGUGAGGAGGCAUUUCAAAAUGCGAAAAAGCGCUUUUGGGCAGACAUCAACGGCCUCCACUGUGACAUCUCUCUACCUGAUUCAGAUAUUUAUAUUGAUGAAAUAGAUUGGAACCCUUUCAUCGAUCCUGAUAUCGUGAAGGAAGUGGAUCGUGAGUACUUUGCUCCUGAUGAUGGAGAUGGAGAAGGAAAUGACAAGUUGGGGCAGAAAAAGAGGAAAGAACAUUCAGCUAUUAUUCCUUUAGAUGGACAUAACUGUCUUCCAGAUAAUCCUACAAAUCCUUGGGAAUGUGACAAUAUGCAAAGUAGUGGGGAUUUGAAAAAUGAAGCAGAGGGCUGGAACCAGGGGAAUAAUCAUACAGAUUUGGUUAGCGGUGAAGUCAACUCCUGGGAACGCCUCAUUACUCAGAGCAAUGAAAGAAUGGAAAAUACUGCAUGGGAAGAUAGGGAUAAAUCAUGGAGAUGGAACCAGAUGGCAAAAAACAGUCUCUCAAAGAAUUGGGAUGAUGGUGGCAAUCCUUGGGCACGGGACUGUCAGGGUUUUACCCAUGUGAAAGUUAAUAAUAGAUGGGGUGAUCCCUUAAAUAAGUCUUGGGGCUCCAACCAGCCAGAGACAAAGAAUUUGGAUCAUGGUGAAAAUCCUUGGGAGUGUGGUCCUAGUCAAUAUAAUGAAGCUUUAACAAAAGAUCGAGGAUGGAAAGAUUGUGGAGGUUGGAAACAGUGUGACAGCCGUAUUAACCAGAGAAAUAAUUUGGAUUUUAGGAUAAAAGGUGGCAGAUGGGGAACUACGAAUCACAGUGGCCAGAAGAGGGAACGGUCUCACCAAUAUAUAGCAGGAUCCCAAAGCUCAAGAUUUCAAGGGAGUGAUUGUCAAACAGGUGGAUACUGGAGGAGGGCAAACAAUAGAAAGAGGCUCAGCUGACUCGGUUUUGGCUUUGAGUAGCCAGUGAUAGAGAACAAGGGUUCAGUUUUGACAAAUGUUUUUGAACUGCUAACUGAUGAUAAUGGAUUUUGAAAACAUCUAUGGAUGGAGACAAUAGAACGGGAUGUGUGAACAUCAUCUAAAUACUAUAGCAUGUCAUCUCUGUUGUCUCAUGAUAAGGCAAUAGUCCAAUCUUCCAGAUUGGUAAUGUUAUUGCUACAUCAGCUGUAGUUUGAGGGCUUUAAUUUUAGAGGAUGCCUCAACUUUUUUGCACCAUGCAUCCUUGUAUAACUAGUAAUUUCUUUUACUGAAUAAUAGUAAUAUUAUUACCAGGACCAGUUUCCUGUUCUCCAUGAAGUACUGAGACGCGGGUGUGCAUAAUGUUGACUGGAUAAGCUCAUAACUUGAAAUCGACUGAUUUCAUGUGUUCUUGUUAUGUACCAGUUUUCUACUCUUUUGAAGACCAGCUUUCUGCUUGUAGCAUUACACCAAGUGAUUUGCUUAUGUGUGCUCACAGCUUUGCAGACAUAUGCUCUCAUCUCUCUUCUAGACCAGCUUUCUGUUGAUAGCAUAGCACAAGUGGUUUGCUUGUGUGGUGUUUCGUGAGAUAAAUUGAAACGUUCUGUUUUAGAAAAUGUCAGUCUCUCUUAGAAAAAAUGUGUUGGUUCAUUGAUGUUGUUCCCCCCAAAUAAGAUGAGGUGUUUUCAUGUAUAUUGUUCUCAGGUGAAGUCAGCGACUUGCGAAGUUGGUUUGCUUUCUGGGUUUCAAAUUGCUACUGUGUCCGGUGUUAUUGGUUUUAUGCUUCAGCAUGGAGUUAAUACAUCAUAAGAAUUUGUAACAACGUUGAUCAUAGGUUUUAUCUUGAACAAUACCCAUCUCCAUUGUUGAUCAUGAGCUCUGUGUUAUAGGGGUAACAC